GUUCGUACAAAGGCUGUCAUCACACUGGUCAUGCUUUUCAUAACAUCGUCCACUGUCUUGAAGGAGAUCUUGCCUUGCAAGUGUCCGUCAAGGCCUCUUUGCUCAUUUUGGGGGGCUGAAAUAACGCAUGCAGAUGCACAGAUCCACUGGUAUCCAUCCUGCCUCCCCAGAGCAGCCUCUGAUUAUGAAAGAUAGUCUGCAAGGAGCGUCGAAUCCCUGAGCUCGCUCCCAUGUCGAACGACCAUACUCAAUCCGCGGGACAAUACAAUGCGAUGUCAGGUAUGGAGACAUUCCGACCCAAGGGAUCGUCAUUUCUUUGCAAGAACACUCGGACCAGUCCUGGUAUGGGAUAUUUUGGACCAACACAAAGCUCUCGACUGCCGUUGCGACAAGGUGCCGUCCACGGGAUCAGUGACGGCCGUCACCAAUACGGUCUUGGCUAUGUCCUCGAUCGUGAGAAAGCUGGAAUUACCACUACCAGCGAGCGUGGUCUUUGCAUGCGUGGUCGAUGUCUACGGUCGAAAUCUAGGCCCAUCAGUAGACGGAAAGGUGCAAUUACCACUGGUGCAUCCGGUGGUGAACACAUUCGAAUGAUCGUCCACAGGCUGGACCAGGCUAGCGUUAAUCGCAGCCACCAUAGGGCCAAACUCAGAAUGUCAACCCCACAUCAAAGCUUUCUUGACGCACCUUCUGCCAACACUAAGCCAACUCCAGUCCUCAUGAAAAACGAAAAGAGAGAGACGACGGAGUUGAAGGAAACAAGCUACGGCCACUCUGGGAUAGACCUGUUCUGAUGUACUAGCAGCGUUGUCCAAAGGCCUCCGAAAAUAAACAGCGAAAAAAUGUAGCUGCAUAUUCCGGCAGUGCAACUGUAAUCCCAGAAGCGAAAAAACACAUGCGCACAGUGUUUUCCGACGGAACGGAUGAAGCCU